AUGGUUCGUGCUGAUAUCGGUGUUGGAAGGUACAAUGUCUUGUUUAAUGCAACUGAUCCAACACUUGUUCAUCAUUAUCUGCUCGAUGAAUAUGAUCGAUCAGUGCAAUUCAAUGAUUCAAACUUACCGAGUGGUCUAUUUUCGAAUAUGCUUCUUGAUACGUAUAUGUGUAUGUCAAAUAUUGCUGGCGGUUGGGCAAUUGAUGGAGAUUUGGUAAGAACUGACACAGCAUUUUUUUCCAUUUUCAUGAAAGAUCCUUCCGAAGCUGAUUAUCCAAUCGAUGGCAAUUUCUCCAUUAAAUAUUACGUUAUUCAACUGCAUUACAACAAUCCAGGACGAUGCAAGAAUUGUAAAGACAGUUCAGGUGUUCGAUUUUAUGUAACUGAUCAGCUCGGACAAUAUGAUAUUGGCUAUCUCACGCUAGGAACUGAUGCAAGUUCACUUAGUCUAACGAUCCUAGCACGAACGAAUAAUUCUAUUGUCGAUUCAUAUUGUCCAACCGUUGCUAUGGCAGUAAGUAAUUAA